GCAGUCUAGCUGUAGUAGUAGCUACCUGGAUGGUAGUUGUAUCAUAGCACAAAGUGGGUGUCCACGUUUUACUAUGCUUGGUAGCAACUACUCAUAAUCAGUAAGUUUUUCUCUCUGAAGCGUGAUGGAGAUGUUAUAGAAGCAGUGGUAAGUGAGGUGACCAAAGCGGUCAACAUGAUAUUGGCCAUGGUCGGCGCAGCUGCGGGGAUGUCGGUGCCCUGUGGAGGCAAACGGAUUGAUUGUUUGAUGGUAAGCAGCAGUCCAUGAUCAGCGGAUGAACUAAUGUCUUGUACUAAGGAUGCAGUUGGAAGGAUGACGAUUUAUCUAUGAUCUAAAUCCGAGAAGUUGAAGUGAUAGUUAGGCAACAAAAUUCUAAUUCUUUCUUUUCAUUUCUUUCUCUUGAGUGCUGAAAAUUAUGAAAGAAGUUUUCGGGAUUUUCACAGGGGACAGGGAGGUGUCCUAUCUUUCUACGGACAGGGAGGUGUCCUAUCUUUCUACGGACAGGGAGGUGUCCUAUCUUUCUACGGACAGGGAGGUGUCCGUUUUUUAUACUAAUAUGGACGAAGAAGUCGAGAUGUCCUCUUAUUUUUCUUUGGGGACCACGAGGAGGUGUCCCGGACUGACAGAUCUACAAUCUUUAAACACCAGAAUAGUAUCUAUGUAUUUGAAUAUGUUCUUUAGCUGGUGCCUCUUUAAACACUAGAAUAGUCCCAUUUGAAUAUGUUCUACUUCUUCACCUCCUGGUGGCUCUUUAGACACCACCAAGGUAUUUUUGUCAUCUUUAUGAUGUCCUCUGAUAGUUCUUUAAAGGAAUUGAUGUCAACCGAAGAGUUAGUUUCUUCCAACAGCUUGUUGAAUGGAUUCUGACUCUUCGACGACUUCGAUCAUAGCUUUGGUUCGUUUUCCAUCUUUAUUGGAAAAGAAUAGGCACUUUUUGUUACAUACACAUCAGGGAACUUCUUUAUCAUACUCCUCACUUCGUACUUUUUACAAAACAUCAGGGAACUUCUUUAUAAUACUUCCUACAUCAUGUUGAUGUGCUCUAAGAUCUGAUCUCUUUAGACAUGAUAUCUUUGUUCCACACCUACUUUAUAUCUAGUGAUGAAAGCUACUUUAAAAUGAGAUGUGAACUUGUGUUGUAAGAGCUCUAACAUGAAAAUAAAAUGAACAGGCGGUGAAUUGACUAUGACCCUGGACUUUGCAAACCCCUCGACUGGGUACAUGAAUGAAUGAACUAUCUUCAGCACAGACGGUGUACUCAGGUGAUCAGAUUUAACAAUUACAAUGAUAAUGUUACAGGUGCUGGAGGCGAAAAUAUAAUGAUGAAAAAGAUGUGAAAGGACCGACUACAAAGGUGGAUGGAUCAGGAGUUGGAAGCGGUGCAGAGAAAAUAGUAGUCCUUACUAGAUCCUAGAGCUAGAGCUAGGUAGUACAACAUCGGCUGGCAGCAGGACCCCAAGUUACAACAUAAUCUGUCAGCAAGCGCAGCACACAAUAGAGCAUAUUGAUGUUGAUUUGAGUGGGAAAUCUACUAAAAACUACGUGGAGGUCGCCGGUGUUAGUAGUCCAACUACAAGUACUAAGUUGCAUUCAAUCAGCCUCUUAUGGGAAAUACAUUUAUAGUCCUAAGGAAGGUUGUUGUUUUUCAUCUUACAACAUCCUGGAUCUAUCAGCACCAACACGUAGAAGUACCUACUACGUCCUCGGUACUCGCCGGUACUUCUACUCUAUCUGAUUACAACUUCGAGAGGCAUGAUAAUUGCAUCAACACUUUGAACUCUGGAACAAGUAGGUAGCUACUUCGUUGUACAAGAUGAAGAAGCUGUAAGAGAUACCUACUUCGUAUUAUGCAACAAGAAGGAAGAGGAACUUCAACUUUCUUCCUCUAGUUCGAGAACAACAUCUUUAUCUACCGAAGAGACGAGGCGGAACUAGAUUGAAGAUAAGUACUUUACGUAAGCUAUAGAUCUCGACUAUAUGUGACUGGAGCUUCUAUAUCGGUAGGCGGCUUCUAAGAUUAGAGGAGACUACUUACCUGAAUUCACUUGGGACUGGAGUGUAGAAGUAGAAGAAAGGCUGAGAAGUCGACACGCAACUCAACAAAGUUCUGCUCUCUCUUGUUUGCUUAUGAGAGAGUUUCUUUUGGGUCGUGGGCGCUCAUCAUUAAAGAUGGGGUUGUACCAUUAUUAUGUACAACAACAAGUAAUGUGUUGUCGACAAGAAUUAUGUUCCCAAUAAAGCCUAAGAAAGUCCACAAAAUAGCACCAGAUAUUGUUAUUCAUCUUGACUACGUACCUACUCCACGACACCACGACGACCAAAAAAGUUACGAUUACCUACUACCAAAAAUUUUGGACUAGAGCAUCAUAGUCUGUUCUUUUUCAUCGACUUUAACCUUACGGCCAAAAUACUACCAUCAAAUGCACCUCCAAAAACACUGUUCCAUUAAUAUCUAAGUAAGAUCAACUUCAACUUUUGUAGUUCUAGUUAUUUUAUUUGUGUGGAAGAAAGUGGAUGUGGAACCAAAACAUUGAUUUACAAGUACAGUUGGCAUAGUUAGUUCUCUUCAAGACCU